GUCCCACAGGUGGUAACUCCAAGUAUCAGGAUCCUCAAGAUCGCCGGUAACAACCUUCGGGUAAUCCAGAGAGGUGACAUGGAUUCAUACCCUUACUUGACGGAACUGGACUUGGAGGAAUGUGGCUUAGAAUCCAUCGAAGAAGACACCCUAGGUAGACAUGAGUACCUCACCAAGCUGUUACUAGGGGACAACCUCUUGCAGGAGGUGCCAGAAAGUUUACCCGUUUCUCUUCUGGAACUCCAACUCAACCGAAACAACAUUUCAACCUUAAAAUCUUCCAAUUUCAGAGGACUACUCGCAUUGGAACAACUUUUUCUCAAUGAAAAUUCUAUUUCUGUAAUAGAAAACAACGCUUUUUCAGAACUUUCCAGCCUCAAAGUUCUAAGUUUACGUAAAAACAACAUCAGGCAUAUCGCUGGCAAAGUUUUCCAGGCGCUUGGAACUUUGACUUCACUUGAGUUGUCUGGAAAUCCAAUAUCAGUUCUAGAUCAAGAAACUUUUUCGGGGUUAAGGCAACUUCGGGUACUGCGUCUGCGCGACUUAGGGUUCAAAUCGAGGGUUCAAAUCUCCGCCGGUGUUUUUUCAAGUCUCCGCUCCUUGGAGUUGCUGGAUCUGGAAGGAUCUCCAGAUUUGUGUCGGGGCUUAUUGAAUUUUGGAGAUCUGAAGGAUCUGAGUUCCUUGCGCGAACUUUACUUAGGAACUUGUGGAGUCAUGGAAAUGUCGCAGGGUUUCAGAAAUGGUUUAGAAAAUGGUGCAGGACUCGGUUUAAUAAAUGGUUCAGGGAAUGGCAUUAGAAAUGGUUCAGGAAAUGUUUCAGAAAGUGGAUUAAGAAAUGGUUCAGGAAGUGGAUUGAAAAUUGGUUUAGGAAGUGGAUUAAAAAUUGGUUCAGAAAGUGGAUUAAAAAUUGGUUCAAAAAAUAGAUCAAGAAAUGGUACAGGAUCUACUCCAUCGCUAGCAGCUGAAGUGGAUUUAAGUGAAGUGGAAAAAUUAAACCUAAAUGAGGCUCGAGUUGAACGCUUUCGAAAGUUGGAACUGCUUCAGAAGUUGAAACGAGUUCAAAACAAGUUGAAACGAAGCGACGGGUCGAUAGACGGGCAAAGCAACGGGCUCAUGGGUCGUGGACCGUCAGACGGACCGACAAACGGGCCGGUCAGCGCUCUGAAAGCGACGGCUGUCAGCGAACGGGCGCUGAAAAACGUCCUUGUCAGCUCGACUGAAAUGAAAUGCGGCGACCCGACCGUGGACCCAAUGACCCCGCGGGGGGAGAAGACCAUACCUCAUGUGAAGAACAACAUACAUCAAGCCAUCGCCAACAUACCCGUUAAUUUCCUGCAGCGAGUUGAACGGAACAUCGAAAAUCAAGUAACUGAAUGCAUUGAGAAUAGCNGCCAAGAGAUACUCCACUCAGCCAAGAGAUACGCCACUCGGCCAAGAGAUACGCCACUCAGCCAGGAGAUACGCCACUCAGCCAAGAGAUACGCCACUCGGCCAAGAGAUACGCCACUCAGCCAAGAGAUACGCCACUCGGCCAAGAGAUACGACACUCAGCCAAGAGAUACGCCACUCAGCCAAGAGAUACGCCACUCAGCCAAGAGUUAA